AUGCUUCGGAGGGGAGGCGUUGACCAGGCGAGAGCUAAGCUUCGUCAAGAAGAAGCCAUCAAUACUGGAGAAUCGGAGCUCAAGCAACGAAACGCCAAAAGACCGCGAACGGAGAUAUCUAACUAUCAAGGAGUUCUGAACGACAUUCCUGGCGCCAGUCUCGAAGAGCUAAGAAACAUCAAACAGCGCUAUCUCAUGUACAGCGGCGAAGUCUUGGACCCGGACGUCGACGUCUGGAUUCCCGAUAACCCGUCUUCUUCGUGCCUGGGCCUGACUCGUUCCACAAUCAGCGAGAGGAGGAAAUCGUACUGGGAGGCCCAAUGUUACUUCCGCGGCUUGCCUACGCAAGGUCAUCUAAUUAUUCUCCAGGGGAGAUUGCGCGACCGAGCCGAGGUCGUGGAGCGUUCUAUUGCAGAAAAAAUCGACAUGUGUGAACGAGUCCUAGAUGCAGAGUGGCUGCUCGAGCAUCCGCGGACGAGGUUCAAUGUCCGCGCUGUCAGAAAAGCGAGGAAGAUUAUGCUCUAUCCGGAAGAGAAUGCCAUCGCUAGGGGAUGGCUGUCUUCGCGCGACAUUCGACCUGCAACUCUUGCUCGGCUGAGACCUAGACAAGCAUCCUUUGCUGAAAGCGAUGGCGGGACUUGA